CAUUUUCCAGAGGAGGGGGUGGACGUGGUGGUCUCUCAAUGCGCGUACCACUCCUAGCGGUGGUUGGCUGCUACUGAAUAAUACCCUCCAGAGUCACCCACGGAGUGUAGAGAGAGAGAGAGGGAGGGAUAGAGAUGAGCACCUUGUUCCAAUGAAACACCAAGCAGUGUGACGAUGACAGCGAAAGGCAGACAUAAAGCGGUCCCCUUCCCCCUGGCCCACCGGCUCACCAUGAAGGAGGUGUUUGACGCCGAGGGCCGGCCGAGGGUGGACCUGCUCAAAGCGCACCUCACCAAGGAGGGCCGGUUGGAGGAAGCAGUGGCCCUUCGCAUCAUUGAUGAGGGCGCUGCCAUCCUGCGCCAGGAACGCACCAUGUUGGACAUUGAGGCGCCCGUCACAGUGUGUGGAGACAUUCACGGCCAGUUCUUCGACCUGAUGAAGUUGUUUGAAGUGGGAGGUUCUCCUGCCAACACGCGCUACCUCUUCCUAGGGGACUAUGUGGACAGGGGCUAUUUCAGUAUUGAGUGUGUGUUAUACUUGUGGUCGCUGAAAAUCCUCUACCCAAAGACACUCUUUCUUCUACGGGGGAACCAUGAAUGUAGACAUCUGACAGAAUAUUUCACCUUCAAACAAGAAUGUAAGAUCAAGUAUUCGGAGCAGGUGUAUGAUUCCUGCAUGGAGGCGUUUGAUUGCCUGCCCCUAGCAGCCCUGAUGAACCAGCAGUUUCUGUGUGUGCAUGGAGGGCUUUCACCAGAGAUCCACACACUAGAUGACAUCAAAAAGUUGGACCGAUUCAAGGAGCCCCCGGCGUUUGGGCCCAUGUGUGACUUGUUGUGGGCAGACCCCCUUGAAGACUUUGGCAAUGAGAAGACCCAAGAGUACUUUGGACACAACACAGUCAGAGGUUGCUCUUAUUUCUACAGUUACCCAGCAGUGUGUGAGUUUUUACAAACCAACAACCUGCUUUCCAUCAUCAGAGCACAUGAAGCACAGGACGCUGGGUACCGUAUGUACAGAAAGAGUCAAACAACGGGUUUUCCUUCACUCAUCACCAUCUUCUCUGCUCCAAAUUAUCUGGAUGUCUAUAAUAACAAAGCGGCGGUGCUGAAAUACGAGAACAACGUAAUGAACAUCCGUCAGUUCAACUGCUCUCCUCACCCAUACUGGCUGCCUAACUUUAUGGACGUCUUCACCUGGUCGCUACCUUUUGUGGGGGAAAAGGUGACAGAGAUGCUGGUCAACGUCCUAAGUAUCUGCUCUGAUGAUGAGCUCAUGAACGAUGGUGAUGAGAUCUUUGAUGCAAGUGCAGCAGCAGCCAGGAAGGAGGUGAUUAAGAAUAAGAUCCGUGCCAUUGGGAAGAUGGCUAAAAUGUUUUCAGUUCUACGGGAGGAGAGUGAGAACGUGUUGACCCUGAAGGGAUUGACCCCUACAGGUAUGCUGCCAAGCGGAGUGCUGUCAGGGGGCAAACAGACUCUGCAGAGUGCUACCAUUGAGGCCAUAGAAGCCAUCGAGACAGUUAAGGAUGCCGAAGCCAUCCGCGGAUUCUCUCCGCAGCAUCGGAUCAGCAGUUUCGAGGAGGCCAAAGGUCUGGACCGAAUCAACGAGAGAAUGCCGCCGCGGCGUGACGCCAUCAACAGCGUGGGCCUGUCUAUGGGUCGCAUGAAUAUGGGAGAACCCAACGGGACCGAUAGCAACAGCAAUAUACAGUGACACACUUAAUGCAGUUCCAACACUGGUAUAGCACCAUCCUUACUGAUAACUGUACAUAGAUAUACUCUAUACGAAAAUGCAGCACACACAAAUUGCAGUAUUCCAAACACUGGCUUCACACACCUAUGCACACACACACACACACACACACACACACACACACACACACACACACACACACAUACAGGGUCAUGAUUAUCUACCCCUUCUCGCUGUAUGUUACAAGGCUGAACUGAUGGGCCCUAUUUAGAGACUCCCAUGCCCCUGAACAAAGAAACGUCAUCCCUCCCCAUGCAGAACAGGAGGAGCUACUAUUCACUGUGCAUGUCGGAGAACCCCAGUGGGUCGACAGCGUCAGCAUCGUGCGGAUGCGGAAUGUGUGGCAUUGACAAGGAGCGGUUAAGGUCAGGGUGUGGCCAUCAGGGACAUAAGAGAUUCUUUUUCCCGUUUGCAUCAAAAAUCGAGAAGCUGGCUUUAACAAUGACCAUGCAGUUAUAUUGGAGAAAUGUCACUAAGCGGGAAACAUGCUUAUCCAACAGGGAUGUGCGAAGAUAACUGCAGCUACAGACUGAUCUGAGCCCUCGUUUUUUGUUGUUGUUUUUUUUAUAUGGGUAGGGGGUACUGUUUGCUUUUGGAGCUCAACACCUCCACCUGAUGAGAGAGCGGAGGCCCACUCAUCCCCUCAGGCUAACUAGCUCACGGGAAUAGCUUUGAUUGGAAGUGUCUCUCCUGAGCUUACUUAGAGCGUUGCACACCUGAGGAAUAGAAUGCUUUAGGAGGACAGGGUUGAAAUGUGAAGUUGUGCUAAAUUACACAUCCCUCCUGGCGACGGCCAACGACCUCUGGCCUGAAACGUAGGAAAUUAUAUUUUGCAGAAGAAAUGGACUCUUCCGCUGCCAAGACGAGAAGAAAUCAGAGGAGAAGUUUCUUUGUAAAGCAUUUAUAUUUACGCAUCAGUGCAUGCAGAGUUAAGUUAUUUGAUAACAAUGUGAAUUAUAUUUGUGCGCUAUGUGUUUCACUGUAGUAGGAUUUUUUUUCUGGUUUUCUGGUUGAUAUAAACGAGCGAAGGAAUAAUGAAUAAUUUAUUUUGUACAUAAUGUUAAUUUGCUUUUUUUUAUUCAGAUUGUUUGAUCUUUUCUUCCCAAUUCUUUCCAUCACCUGCGUCCCGUUUCUUUUCGCACUGUACAGAAUGACGGUACACUUGGAGUCCAAAGUGUCAAGUCCACAUUCAAUACUCUGUUCGUUGUCAAUGUACGGGAGUUGGUUUUUAACGGCAAAUAUGAGUAAUAAAUACAAACUAGCAUCGGAUGACCACCAUCAUAUAUGGAGGCACAGGCAUUCAGGCAGGCAAAAGCAUGAUUGCAUGGUUAAAAAAAAAAAAAAAGCAAAAAGCAGCAAGACACAUUUGAACAGGACAAGCCGGUUGCGUUGCUCUCACAAUUUUGAGGAGAAAAAAGUACUAAUUCUUGAGUCCUCUUGUUAUUUGAUAUUUACAGUAUGGUUCUAUGAUUAUUAUAUUUAUUAUGAACAUUAUUCUUAAUAUUUAAGCUCUCUCUCUCUGCUAGUUGCUCUUCAUGUUGCGUUGCUCCUUGGUUAUCUUGUUGUGCUUUUUUGGGAGAGGUGAACCCCUACCACCCCCACCCCCCAACUGGAAACCCCGUGCCAUAGCAACUGUGCCAUGGUUCUUUCUCUCGCGCCCUCUCUCUCUCUCUCUCUCUCUUUUGGUUUAAACUCCCCAGUCACUAACACUGUACGCAUGCCCCAUGGGACGAUCCACUUUUUUUACUCUUGAAUAAAAUAUGCAUGAACCUUUGGCAUCGAUACUGAGCCUUUAUUUCCUGGAUGAAUUCUAUUGUCACCAAGGAAUGCCAAUUAAGUUGACUGUUUUUACAUGUAAUAUACUCUAACUGGGUGUUGGGUUAUAUGACUUCUGACUUCUAAAAAGCAGUUACUGGUAGGGAUGCUCCCAUCAGGGUUUUAUGAUGCCACUUCCGAUACCGAUCAUCCAUGAGUGAGAUCGGACAAAAUCGAUCACAUGGAUUAACUGUGCAUUUUUCAAUUUAUUUAUGAUGAAUGCUAUUGGCCAGGACCGCCGCUAGACAAUUCCAAGGCCCCCCCACCCCAAAUAGGUAGUUAUUAAAAAAUAAACUUUUGGGUGGAUUUUUUGUUUUUCAUUUUUUUGCCUUCAUUUUUGUACUAUUUGACACAAACCUGAAUUUAAUUUGAUUCAUGUUGUGGAGUAAUACGAACACAUGGGAAAUAACCUGUUCAAUAAUUCAUUUUUUAGUUCAAGAUGGCAAAAACAUCCCGCCCCACGUGGAGAGUUUUAAGCACCCCGGGGUCUUGUUCACGAGUGAAGGAAGGAUGGAACGCAAGAUCGACGGGCGAAUUGGUGUGGCCUCUGCAUCGGUCCAUUGUGGUGAAGAUGGGAGCUGAGCCGAAAGGCAAAGCUCUCAAUUUACCAUUACCACCCUCACCUAUGGUCAUGAGCUUUGGGUAGUGACCGAAAGGACAAGAUCGCAGGUACAAGCAGCCGAAAUGAGUUUUCUCCAUAGGAUGGCUGGGCUCUCCUUUAGAGAUAAGAUGAAAAGCACUGUCAUCCGGGAGAAACUCAGCGUAGAACCGCUGCUCCUCCACAUUGAGAGGAGCCAGAUGAGGUGGCUUGGAGCCUCUGGGGCCUCAUCUAUAAAACUGUGCAUGGAAAUCUGACUAAAAGUCUGCAAAUGCCGAAGCCCCAACACAUUCACGCAAUUUGUGCUUCACCUUCUGUCCAAAUGUGCGUACGCAGCUCCGCCCCACAUCACGCCCUCUCCACGCCUUCAAUUCGCCAUACAUGGUCAAUGCAAAGUGACUCAUGAAUGCGGCGUCCAUAUUUAAUGACCCUUGAUUGCAUUUUGCGCGGUUCUUCCGAAUCAUGGCUGCUGUAAAGCCGAAGACGAAGAAGCGGAACUUCACCGAAACUGAGGUGGUAAUCUUAGUUGGGGAAAAACAUAAUAUUUGGAGGACACAGCAGUGGCAUAACAAGAGGAAGAUGAGCAAGUCCGCUGUCAACAGCGUCAGUGGAAUGGGGCGCACCGUGGUAGAAGUAAAAAAGAGCAAAGAGCAAAGAAAAGCCCAUCAUUUGUGGAAAAGGAAAGAGGACGUUUCCACACACGGCCAUGACACUACCCACACAAAUAAGGGCCAUGCAUGGUAAAUAAAUGUUGCUAUUGAUGACAUACUUGACAUAUGCAACAAAAAAUGUAUUUUUUAAAUGUAAACUUAAUCCCUAGAAUGAUUUAAUUGACAACCUGAUGUUUGUUAUAAUCAAUAUUAACGGAAUGACUAUGAUUAUAAAAUAAAAUGAAGUACUUAAGUGCUGCAUUGUGUUUUUCAUGUAUCUUUUAGUGGGGAUACUAUACGCUGGUGCGUAACGGUGUUUAUGAUAAAUGACAAAUGAUAUCAGUCAGUGUCAUGUCUAAUAACAAAACUUUCCACAAAUGUUUUAAGUCCAUAAUGGCAUCAUGUUUUGAUGCAAUGAUGGAUAAAUCUUUACUGGCUUCCAUUACAUGUUUAUUUCUAGCAUAUGAUUUCACUUCACCACUUAAAAUGUGUGUCGCCUUUUUGCCAUGUCUCCUAAAAGUGCGUACGCCAGCUGCAAAGGUGGUGUAGCGCUGUGCACAUUCUUUUUAUAGGAAACAUACUUGGCGUGGAAAACGCCGUACGCAACUUUCUGGCCCUGUUUUUCUGUGUACGCAAGCUUUAUAGAUGAGGCCCUUGGUCAGGAUGCCUCCUGGACGCCUCCCUGGGCACGUCCAACCUGUAGGACACGUUGGAGAGACUAUGUCUCUCAACUGGUCUGGGAACGCCUCGGGAUCCGCAGGAAAGAGCUGGACAAAGUGGCCGAGGAGAAGGAAGUCUGGGCUUCCCUGCUUCGGCUGAUGCCCCCGCGACCUGACCUCGAAUAAGCGGUAGAAGAUGGAUGGACGGAUAGAUAACAAAAUUAACAGAUUAAAAUAAUACAAAUAAAUAAAUUUAUCUUUGUAUUUAGCUGUCAACUAUGUGUUUUAUUUAUGACUGGCAACAUUUAAACGGUACACUACUUUAUUUGCCAAGCAGAUCUCAAUAGAAACAGCGUGGUCAUCGGCUUCAUGCAAUUUUGUGGUCAUUUCUCAUGAUAUUACGUUACAAAAAAUAAAUAUAAAAAACUGCUAAGCGUUGAAGCAAAUAUUCUUUGAGCCUUCGUGAGCUACUCAAAACCAGCUGAUGAGGUAGGAGACCUCUCAUAAGGCUGGACACACUUUGUGUUUAUGUUCAUUAAACAAUCACACACAAAUAAUGUUUUGAGGACAAAACAUAAUUAGUAUAAUGACAACAAGAGA